AUGCCUAGACGAGCCUCAAACUUCGGGCAGGAAGAGCCGCGUGGCGAUGGUGUCUACUACGCGAGCGCCAACAAUCAGAAUCGCGCCUCCUUCUCGGCCGUCUCCCCCCCGAACAGUUCCCAUGCUGCUCGGCUAGCCCAGCUUAGUAUGGCAGUACACCAGCCAAAAGGGCAUGAGCACAAGGAACAUCAACGUCUUAUCGGUGACAAUGGUAGCUACAAUCGCAUGAUUGAGAGCGGCCCUAUUAACGAACCGCCGCGUCAAAGGCAGCCUCACCGAAGUUGGUUCCAUUCCAUUACUGGUCGACGGACUGUUCAUCAGGAUGAACUUCCGCCUUGUGACGCGCCCGAGCCAGAUCGAGUCGACAGGCCAGAUAGAGUCGACAGGUCAGAUAGAAGAGGUGAACGAGAAGAUUACAGAAUAGCCCAUCGGGAGCCACGCGAGACGUCUGUGGUCGUUCCACCUGAUACUGAGGUGGAAGUUACUCGAGAUAGAAAUGAAAGCAGAACUAGCUACAAUAUUCAAGGUAGCAGGGGCUACGUCCGAGUAUCGGCUCCAAUGGCAAGCAAUGAGGCAGAGCUUUUUGAUGCCAUUGCUGAUGGAAGAUCUGUCCCUCGGCACCAACGGGACUCGAUCAGAACCAGAUCUCGCUACUAG